CGACAACGAAAACUUCCUGUAUUACUUUGUCCAUAUCACUUUGUCCACGGAUUUAAACAGGUCACGUGGCAAUAAGACACAACUCGCAACCGGGAGCUUAAGGUGGUUUCAACCAACCUCGGUGGGUUUCGAUGUGCCACCAAAGUUUAGACUUGUCUUAGACGCGUCUCGGGCCGACCUCUUCAUCUUGAAAAUACACAAAUAUAUGUCGAAGAUGCAUCCAAAACCAAGCGAACGAUCAUGGCUGGGGGCGAAGGAUCAAGCGGGGGACGCUAUAAGAUGACAUGAUCAAGGUCCAGAAUCAGAGCCGGCAUGUGGCUGUGAUGCAUCCUACGUUGCAGUACCAACGCUCGCAACGGCCUCGCAACGGCCCUACUACACUCGGCUUUUUACGACUGUGUGGGUGUUCGGCAAGCGAACGGGCGUGGGGAAUCCUUCUGAUACUCCUGAUCCAGAAGGUCGUUAGUUGAUAGGGUGGUCAUCCAACUCUUCCACAGUGAUGAUCCAUACUCCGGCACCUGGCUGCUGCCGCGGGGUAAGGUUAUAUUUGUCUCUGCUAAGGUCUCAGUCAGUCAGAGCUACUUGGAAGGUUCCUGGGGCUUCUGUUUAUAAGACUGUGGUAGGUCCUCUUUAAGGUUUUCGUUUUGUCAGCCCCUCCAAUUCUUUCUUUCUGAAUUCUUGAGAGGACAUAAUAUAAGAUGCCUCGUCUAGGAAGAUUGUCAUUAAUUAUCCCACUCGUUGUCGUGCUUGACACAGCGUUGGCGCUCCCUCAACCUUUCGAUCCCAAUUUUAGAAAUGGAGGGACAAAUCUCGUGUCUCGAGACCUAGAGACCCUUGGAGAAGCAUUUUCAGCCAUGGUCAAUACCCUCGAUGUUAUGCAGUCUCAAUAUUGGAGCUCCAAUACUUGGCCAACUGGGAUUGACUGGACGUCAGCGGUAACCAGCACGCACGUCUCUGCAGCCCUGACUGAAAUGGCCAUGUAUGAUGCAGGUACCUACAGCGAUGAUAUCACCAAAUAUUUCUCUCAAAUUGUUUCCUUUUACGGUGGCGAGAAUGUGGAAUCGCUGCAAACACAGAAAUUCGACGAUCAGGAAUGGGUAGUUCUGGAAUGGUUGGAAGCCAUCAAAUUCAUCAAUGUAUACUCCACUAUUGACUCGACAUUCGACGGUCAGCAACAUAUUGGAGACUUUGCUCAUCGUUCUCGUAUUUUCUGGGAUCUGGCUUCGAAGGGAUACGACACCAAGUUGUGCGGUGGCGGGAUGGUCUGGACUGAUACACUCACGCCGUAUAAAAACGCCAUCACCAACGAGCUUUACCUCUCGGCGAGCAUUUCCAUGUAUCUUUAUUCCCCAGGAGACGACAAUCCAAGCCCUUACUCAGAGCCUGGGAAAGCCUACGACCCUUCGGAGGCACUACUCCCAAUACCAGCACACGACGAGAGGUACCUUAAUGCUGCCAUCGAAGAGUACAAAUGGCUCUCAACGAGCAACAUGAAGAACUCACAGGGGCUGUAUACAGAUGGGUUUCACAUCACUGGUUGGACCAGCCCAGACAACAUCGGGACCGGGAAAUGCGAUUCACGAGACGAAAGCGUCUACACCUACAACCAAGGCGUCAUCCUCUCGGGACUCCGCGGCCUAUGGGAUGCAACAGGCAGCACAGACUAUCUCUCUGACGGCUACACCCUCAUAAAGGACGUUAUCGCGGCUACAGGUUGGGUAUCCCCAACCCAGCAAACAAACACCUGGUCCGGCCUCGGCAGCAACGGUAUCCUACAAGAAACCUGCGAUGCCGACAGCACCUGCAGCCAGGACGGCCAGAACUUCAAGGGCAUCUUCUUCCAUCACCUUACACUGUUCUGCCAGCCGAUCGCGCUCAGCAAGAAGGAGACUGUUAUCUUCAACGGCACAGAUGCGCAGGCCCAGGCUCACCAGGAGGUCUGCAACGGGUAUCAGCCGUGGAUCCUGCAUAAUGCGCAAGCGGCAUAUAGCACGCGCAAUGCUGAUGGAAAGUAUGGCGGUUGGUGGAAUGCUGGGGCAGCAGCGGUUGCAUCAAAUGCUAAGAGCGCGCCUGUGCAGCCUUCGGGGGCUGCGGAUGUGAGGAAUAAAGGUAUCCCGCUGAACAAGGUGUGGCGCCUGUCGAGCAACCCGCUUGUGUCAGAGCAAGGAAUGAGCCCGGUUGAAAAUGCGGCGGCGGCGGACCCCAAUGAUAAUGGUAGGGGCAGGACGGUGGAGACUCAAAGUGGGGGACUGGCUUUGAUGGGGAGUUUGGUGCAGGCGUUGGAAGCUGCUAAGUAAUGGCCAGUAUGGCUGAUGCGUUGGAAAGUAGGUUAAGUAAGUAUGGC